AUGAAGGCCAUUUAUUUGAUGGUUGGUGAAAUUGAUCCUGGGCCAACCAACACUCCAGAGGGACGCACAAAAGCCAUAUUUCAUAAAAUGGAUGUGAACUCAGACCACGUGCUAACGAAAGAAGAAUUUAUUCGUGGAUGUCUUAAUGAUGAACAUCUUUAUAAGUUGCUGGCUUGCUCCGAGCAAAACAACACUCCAAGUUCCUCGUGUUUCUCCAGCCAGCAUCGUCUUCGUCUAUUUGAAAAAUUACUGUAUAAGCUUCACUCUUUUUUAAACAAAUAUGGUAUCGAAGAAAAAAAGGAAGAACAAUUUUUUCUGAGGGAAAAAAUUGAGAAAAAUUUCCUUAAAUUUAAUGAUCUUCUUUUGGUCUCCCUAAAGAUUUGA